CAGAUCCCCCCCUCCAUCAUUUCACCCCGACCCAUCUUCCUUGCUGUUCCCUCUGCCCAUCUCUUUCCCUCCCUCCCCUCCCACCAGGCCCAACACACCAUGUCCAACGACCAGACCCCCGCGGAGAAGCGCGCCGCCGAGCGCCUCGAGCGCCACAAGGAGAUGACCUCCAAGUCUGAGGCGCUGGUGGCCCUGCUGAAGCAGGGCGCCGAAUCGGCGGCUGCCCUUCGCGCCGUGACUCAGGCCAUCCAGGCGUUUGACCUGAAGACCGAGUUUGAUCGGCAGACGGCCGUCGACAACCACAUCCUGGAGCCGCUGCUCGGGCAGAUCGCGGCCGGCGCCGCGGCCCUGAAGGCCGCCGUCAGCGAGGCCGCCUCGAAGACGCCCCUCGAGGCCCAGGAGGCCGUCGAUCCGGCCACCGUGGCCGAUGGGGCCGACAUCUCCGCGAUCCUGCUCGCUGGGUAUCUGGACGUGCUGCUGGGCUUCCUGUCCGAUCUCCUGCGCUCCGAGUUCACCCGUAAGACCAUCACCCCGAUGGCGCCGCGCCUGCUCGACGCGAUUGCCGUGCUGGUGGCCAUCCCGGUGGACUUCGAGUCUCUCUCGGCCUGGGGUCAGGCCCUGAUCAAGCUCUGCGUCCGGUCCAUGAACACCGUUUCCAACCUCUGCUACGAGCAUGACGACCACGGUGCCCUGGUGUCCGAGGUGCCCGGCUUCCUGGAGCGCCUGUACAAGAUUCUGGCCCUGUCGCCGGGGUACUUCGGCCAGCAUCAGACCCUGCGCGCGCCGCUGCUCGGUGGGGCCUGCUCGGUCCUGGCCAACAUGCUCUUUGCCGAUGAGGCGCUGCAGGCGCGUCUGGUCGGCCAGGCCGGGGCCGCCCCCCUGUCGGCGGACCUGCCGACCAACAUCUUCCCUCUGCUGCUGGAGCACCUCCGCCAUGCGACCAGCACCUCGUUGAAUGCCAUCAGCACGGUCAUCCAGAAUCUGCUGGAGACCGAUGAGGGGGCGGCCGCCUUCCUGGAAGCCGGCGGCCUGGAGGCCGCCAUCGACAUGGCCACCGGGUCGCUGGACCGGGCCAAGGCCGCCACCGAGGCCGACCAGCGUGCCGAGCUGCUGAGCAUGGCCGAGCUGGCCUUCGGCUCGCUGGCGGCCCUGGUGUCGGAUGAGCGCUUCCACCGGCCGGUGUACCAGCGCGGCCUGGUUGACCGCAUGGUCCGGGUCAUCGAGGACCCGGAGCUGGAGCAUGUCAUCAUCAAGCGCAGCAUCGCCAAGACCGUGGCCAUCAUCCUGUCCAACGACGAGAACAUGCGGUCCAUGUUCGAGGAGCGCAGCCUCGACCGGUUCUCCCGGUGGAUCGAGGGCAGCACCGACAUCGAGGUCAAGGCGUAUGCCACCUUCUGUGUGUCGAAUCUGGCGCGGAGUGAUGACUACGCCUCGGCCGUCAUGGCGCACGAUGGCCUGAUUCGCACGGUGUUCAGCUUCCUGCGCGCCGAUCUGGCCCUCGAUGCCAGUGGCAACUACAACACCCUGCCCGGGGUGGCGGAGCUGGCCGAGGCGGCCCGGCGCCAGGCCGAGGCCCGGCAGUCCGAGGACCCGGAGCUGGCCGAGGCUGAGGCCAACCUGACUGCCACGCGUCUGGUCUCGGCAGCGCUCAGCAUCUUCCGCAACAUCGUCCUCCUGCCGGAGAACAAGGCCAAGCUCCGCCGCUGCCUGCGUCCGGAGUCGGGCACCGCCGCUGCCGAGGCCCCGACGACCGACUGUGGGGAUCUCCUGCGAGAGCUCCUUCGGCUGGUGGUGCACUCCCAGUCGACGGUGAGCUUUGUGUCGGUCAUCAUCUUGAAGAACAUGCUGGUGGGCAAUGAGGAGAAUGGCCUUUGGUUCGUCGGCAAAACCGAGAACGCCGACGGCGUCCGGGCUGAUGUCGAUGCCAUUGCUCUGCUGCAGCGCCUGCGCGAGAGCAAGCACGACGGCAUCCGCACCGAGGCCGCCCGUAUCCUGGUGGUCCUCAGCCGCCUGGGCAACCCCGACAUCGCGGAGUACAUCUUCGGCCCGGCCACCGACACCACCGACAUCAACCCACCCACCUACGGGUACCCCCUGUUUGCGGAGAUCGCCAGCUCGCCGCACAGCAUCAUCCGCUCCGAGGCGCUGGAGGUGAUUGAGAUGAUCAACAAGUCCGGUGUUGUCGCUCAUGCGGCCCGCAUGCGUGACACCCUGCUGGCCACCGAGCCGCAGGCGGCCUCCUCCGCCUCGGCCCACAUCCUCCAGUCGUCCCUCCCCCAGGUGGAUCCCAGUGACGGGAAGGGCUGCGUCGGCUUGCUGUCCAAGUCCUCACUGCUGCAUCUGGUGCCUGGCACGGCCGGCCCCACUGGCGGGGCCUUCACCGAGACCCCGGGCGCCCCGAUUGUUGAUGCCAUGCUGAAGCUGGCCGCCGGCAAGUAGGCCUCUGUGAAAGGGGGAAAAAAAAAAGAAAAGAAGAAAACCGCCACCACACCCCCUGCCUGGGGCAAUCCGCACACAAGGCAGCAUGCAGCGCGUGUGGCCACGCAUGUGCAUCCCCCUGCGCUCCCUCCGCCGCAUCCAUCCCCCCUUUCUGCCUCGUUCCCUGGACUUGGCCCUUGUGGCAUUCCGCCUCUUUCCGUUGCUCCCCCCCCUCCUCAGGGAAGACAUCCACAAGGGGCGACAGCGGCGGGAGAGCGCCGCGACGCUGUCCUCGCGAAGCCACUUCCUUGUGGCCCUCCCCCCCCCCCCUUCCUCC